UAGCCCAUGGAAAUCUAGAAUUAUCCAAACCUAGGGUUUUAGCCGCAGUCUCUUGAAGACUAUAUAUGUAUCGGUAUGAAUAAUUGAAUGUGUGUAUUAAUCGCACCCACUGCACUCAUCUGGCUUAGAUCUCAUUCGAAUUCGAUUUUGUAUCUGUUAUUUUGCGACGAUUUGAUCAAAUUUGCGGCGAGCCAUAAUCGAUGCUCGUAUAACUCUAAUUCAAAAUCGUCGCCAGAAAAAGCUUAUUCCUUCGUUGAGAUCUCCGAUUUCCGAAGCAAUGAAACCAGAUCGAAGUCAUCUGAAGUCCGCCAAAAAUCUAUACCCCGGCAGAAAAACAGCCCCUGGCCGAGACUCGGGCCCUUGCAGAAAUGUAGGCCCAGGCCAAAACACAGGUCCAGGCUUCCCUCCUUUCCUUGGCGGUUUCCCAUACCCAGGCUUUCCUUGGUACCACGACAAUCCAUCCUACCUCUGCGAUCACCCAUACUUCGGCUUUCCUCCGUACCUUUGGAAUGUCUAUGUCGAUAUUGGUAGACUCAAGAGUCAGCCUGCCCAGAGGCCUAUUCAGCUUCCUAUGGGCCUGCCCAAUGGGAUGGCACCUGCGAGCGAAUCAGAAGCCCAAUUGCGUCUGGCUAGUGAAGUGGGUGUCAUUGCGGAUGUUGCUCAUGCGAUGCUAUACAGAAUGCUGUGUGAAUACCACAAGUUAUUCAUAGCUGAAACUGAUGAGGAAAUGAAGAACAUGCUCAGGGAUAUUAUCAAAGAGCUAAAGUUUAAAUACUGGGAUAUUUAUGUGGUGUUGAUGGGUUCAACCAAGUUUCGUGCGGGUGCCGCUAAUUGGCCGAAGUUGACGAGGCUCGACAUCCCGAUAGGGAAAAAGUUGGCAAUGCGGAUGUCUAGGGGAGGCGCCAUUGGGUCUCAUGAGGUCCAAUUGGCAACUCCUAGUGUUGAGCCCAGUCACGCUCUCAUCAACCUCACGUGCCUGCUACAGCAGAUAAUCAUGUUCGAGGCCAUACAGAAGUGGAAAACGACGGAUGACCCCUUAUAUAAGGAGAUGUUGGAGGACGUUAUCCAAAUUAUGAGGCGCAAUUUGAUGCUCCCACCCCUAACUGGGAGUGUCGUUGUCGACUCCGAUGCUGCCGGGACUGGCCAAGGGGACUCAGAUGAGUGAGACGGGUGGCUGCGUGUGGUGAAGCUUAGAGAUAGUUUUUUUAACUAUGAAAUUUUGUUAUAAAC